GAGUGGUUUUUGUUGAGGUUGACAGAUUGGAGAUAUGAUUCAUAGGCAAGGCUCAAAGUCGUAACGUUUUAUACAUAUUUGCUUUGCGUGUAUAUUUACAAAUAUCUUAAUCGGAGGUGUACGGUAUCACGUCGUGCCAAUUACACAGUUACAGCUCAACUAUUUACAAACAAUUAUGUCUGAGCACUUUGGAUUAAAAUGGGACCCAAAGAACUUGGAGAUAAGGACGAUGUCUGUGGAGAAGACGCUGGAGCCGCUCGUCUUGCAAGUAACUACACUUGUCAAUACCAAAGGGCCCAGUAAGAAGAAGAAGGGAAAGUCGAAGAGGGCCAAUGCCCUUGUAAGUACAGUAGAGAAGGCAACAGAGAAUUUCAUUCAGAAGGGCGAGCAGAUUGCAUAUGAGAACAAAGAUAUAACACAAGAGAUGCUUUCAGCUGUGGAUGAAGUCAGGAAAACAGGUACUGCAAUGAGUAUUGCUGCUAGGGAAUUUUCUGAAGAUCCUUGCUCAUCAUUGAAAAGAGGGAAUAUGGUCAGGGCUGCAAGAAACCUUCUGUCAGCUGUCACCCGUUUGUUAAUUCUUGCUGAUAUGGUUGAUGUUCAUCUAUUGCUGAAGUCACUGCAAGUUGUCGAAGAUGAUCUGCAGAAGCUUAGUGGAGCUUCUAGUCAAGGAGAACUUCUUGAUAACAUUAAAGCUUUUGGUCAUAAUGCAAAUGAACUGAUGAAUCAGGCAGCUAAACGGCAGCAGGAACUUAAAGAUCCUCAAUUGAGGGAUGACUUAGCUGCUGCCAGGGCUGUACUUAAGAAACAUUCUACUAUGCUUCUGACUGCAUCAAAGGUCUAUGUCAGGCAUCCCGAGUUAGCUGCGGCCAAAGCGAAUAGGGAUUACGUUUUGAAGCAAGUCUGCGAAGCUGUAAACACUAUAAGCGAUGUUGCUCAGGGUAGAACCCCGCAGCCAUCUCAGAAUCCUUAUGAUGGACCCGGCGAGCUUGCUGCAGCUUUGGACGAUUUCGAUUUAUCAACUGAAAAGCAAACAAGCAACUCUAGAUAUGAGGGGUAUUGUAAAGAACAUAUGGAUAUGGAACCGUUGGCUUACAACGAGGUCCACACAAGGCCGUCGCUUGAAGAGAGGUUGGAGAGCAUCAUCAGUGGAGCAGCCCUUAUGGCUGACUCCAGUUGCACUAGGGAUGAACGUCGCGAAAGGAUUGUUGCUGAAUGCAACGCCGUUCGCCAAGCGCUUCAAGAUCUUCUUUCCGAAUACAUGUCCAACCAAAUGCAAAUUUUACGAGGAGGUCCAAUGAUGGGUAGCAAGGAGCACAGCGAUGGCCUGAACCAUGCCAUUACCCACAUGGGAAAGAAAACAAGAGAUCUAAGAAGGCAAUUGCGCAAGGCAGUAGUUGAUCAUGUCUCUGACAGUUUUCUUGAAACAAAUGUACCAUUAUUGGUACUUAUAAAGGCCGCACAGAGUGGUAACGAGAAAGAGGUUGAAGAAUACGCGGCCGUUUUCAAGGAGCAUUCCAAUAAGUUGGUAGAGGUGGCCAACUUAGUUUGUAGCAUGUCCAACAACGAGGACGGAGUGAAGAUGGUCCGCUAUGCGGCAGCUCAAAUUGACAAUCUUUGUCCCCAGGUUAUAAACGCAGCUCAAAUUUUAGCGGCGCGACCGCGUAGUAAGGUUGCUCAAGAGAACAUGGACGCAUUUAAACAAGCUUGGGAAAACCAAGUUCGUAUAUUAACAGAGGCAGUUGAUGAUAUAACGACAAUCGAUGAUUUCCUUGCCGUCUCCGAGAAUCAUAUCCUAGAAGACGUGAACAAAUGCGUAUUGGCUCUACAAGAAUGCGAUGGAGAUACUUUAGAGAGGACGGCUGGAGGAAUUAGAGGCAGAUCCGCAAGGGUGUGUAACAUGGUGACUGCUGAAAUGGACAACUACGAACCUUGCGUUUACACGAAGAGGGUUUUGGAGGCAGUUAAAGUUCUGAAUGAACAGGUAAUGCCGAAGUUCGGACAACGUGUGUCCGUAGGUGUUGCGGCGCUUUCAAGCAAUCCGCCAAAAGAGGUGGAUGAAAAUGAUUUCAUCGACGCAGCUCGUUUGGUCUACGACGGAGUUCGCGAAAUACGCAGGGCUGUUUUAAUGAACAGGGCUGAUGAAGAUUUAGAUCCGGAAGACGUUGUUGUAGAUGAAAAUUAUACUUUAGAAACACGAAGCAAAUCUAGCGCACAUACUGGUGAGCACGGAGUUGAUGAAUAUCCUGAUAUCAGUGGCAUCACCACAGCUAGGGAAGCUAUGGGUAAAAUGCCUGAAGAAGAUAAGCAGAAGAUUCUACAGCAAGUAGAAUUCUUCAGAAACGAGAAACUUAAGUUUGAUAAAGAAGUUGCUAAAUGGGAUGACACUGGAAACGAUAUAAUUGUACUUGCCAAACACAUGUGUAUGAUCAUGAUGGAGAUGACAGAUUUCACUCGCGGUCGCGGUCCGUUGAAGACAACUAUGGAUGUUAUUAACGCAGCUAAGAAGAUUUCCGAAGCCGGAACAAAGUUGGAUAAGCUCACUCGCCAAAUAGCGGAACAGUGUCCAGAAAGUCAAACCAAAAAAGAUUUGAUCGCGUACCUUCAACGUAUUGCACUGUACUGCCACCAGAUGAAUAUCACAUCAAAGGUCAAAGCUGAUGUUCAGAACAUCAGUGGCGAACUGAUAGUUUCUGGUUUGGAUAGUGCGACGUCUCUCAUCCAAGCAGCAAAGAAUUUGAUGAAUGCUGUCGUCUUAACAGUAAAGGCCUCUUACGUUGCUUCCACUAAGUAUCAGCGUCAAGGACCUGUUGUGGUUACGUCGCCGAUCGUCGUUUGGAAGAUGAAAGCACCGGAAAAGAAACCAUUGGUGAGACCGGAAAAGCCGGAAGAAGUUCGCGCUAAGGUUCGCAAAGGUUCUCAGAAGAAGGUCCAGAACCCUAUACACGCGCUCUCCGAAUUUCAAAGCCCCAGCGAGUCCGUUUGAUGGAGGCCCUUCAAAUCGUAUUAUAUUUAAUGUUUGGCCAAUAAUCAGUAUGCCACGACCAAGUAUUAAUAAAAUGGUACUUGAAGUCAUAUAGAGUGAGAUAAAGUAUGUAGGGUUCGUUUCGUCAUUGGGUUUUUUUCAGAAGCAUCUGUAGAAAUUAUUUAUAUUUAAACGAAGCUUUCGUUGGAUUCAUUUAUGGAAGAAAUUCAUGUUUUAACAUAUAUACUGUAGACAUUUCAAGUACCCAAAUAUAUAUAUAUAAGUAUAUGGUAUAUAAACAAAUUAUAAUU